AUGCAAGAUCGAGAUCAUAUAUACGAAACAAUUCCUCCUGUUUUCAAAAACAAAUUCCCAAGACUAACAUCAAUUAUUGAUUGUUUUGAGGUUUUUGUGGAAUCACCAUCAUCUCUAAUGGCAAGAGCAUUAUUUUACAGCCAAUAUAAAAAACAUUGUACAAUAAAAUGUCUCAUUUCAUGCACACCUAAUGGAACGAUUAACUUUAUUUCCAAAUGCUAUGGUGGAAGAGCUUCUGACAAUCAAAUAACUCGGGAAUCAGAAUUUGCAUCUAGCAAGUACCAAAUGCCAGGCGAUCAAAUCUUAUCAGAUAGAGGUUUUACUUUACAAGACGAUUUUGCAGCUGGAAGUUGCUCUAUAUUAAUAAAUGCAGCUUUUACAAAAGAUAAAGCACAACUUUCUGCUUCUGAGGUAGAAAAAUCUCGCAAAAUAUCAUCUGUUAGAAUUCACAUAGAAAGAGUUAUUGGGCUGUUGAAAAAUCGUUACACCAUUCUUCAAGGUGUAUUGCCUUUACGAACUGUUAAAAACAUUACUGAUGAAGCUACCUCAGUUACUCUUUCUAAUUGUGACAAAAUUGUAACAGUUUGUGCUGCUUUAACAAACCUUGGUGAAGGAAUCGUUUAA